UGGUAAUAAAUAAACACAAUCAUCCGAAAAUAUCUAAAAGAAUGUACACAAAAAAUGACUAGAAAUUAAUAAAAUUACCAAUCAAGAAUUGAGAAAGCUGAUAGAGGUAGACUAUUAGCUAAUCUAUAUAUUAAAUAAAUCCUAUAAUGCUCUCUGUGAUUUUGUUUCUGAUAUAAAAACAAUCGACCACAUAAAUCACAUAAAUAAAAUCACUAUAAUGACACACAGUGAAUAAUGUGUGUGAAUAAUGCCACACGUUAGUGAUCUUACUAUAAUUCUAUUGCAUCUAUAAAUGUAAUAUUCCUAAAGGCCAAUAUUAAUAUAACAACUUAUGCUUGCAGUGGUAUGUGUAUUGCAUCCCUGUGAAGUUAUGAUGUACUAAAGCUGUAACGGCAGCUACACCCUGUUAAGUGAGACCUCCCUGAGCUGCAGAUGUGCCCUGGCAGCUGCAGUACCGGCGUCACGACCAGCAGAUGGCGCUACAGGUUCGUAUUUGUGGCUUAUAUCGGUACAAACUGAGGACGCUCCUUUUUGUACAUGAAACCAUCCUCCGCUCGCCGGUCCGCUCUCCUUCCUCUAAUCCGACUGUAGCUGUACCCUCUUUUCUUUUCUUUUUUGUCAUUUCUCUAUCCAGCCGGUUCCCCCCGCUUCUGUGACUGCCUCGUCCCCCCCCCACACCCCCCCUCGGCCGUUUUCAGAUCAGCUGCACCGGACGGAUCUGUGUCUGUAUCUCCAGCUGUGUGGCUCCAGUCCCGCAGGCAGGGUCGGCCAUGUUGUUGUGUGGGGGUUGAUGCAAGUUUAGUAGUAGGAAGUAGAAGCUACAAAGAGGUGGAAUACUUUAGGUUCUCACUUUUUUCCUUUUUUUUUUUUUUUUUUUUUGAAUCACUGUCAUGCUGCUGCUGGUUUCCUCCUCUCUGACCUCUCCGCUCUGAACACAAUGACUGACUGCUCCACCAGCUCCGCCAUCCUCACAGACUGUGACACUUGAGCUGCUUUGAUUUAACUUCAGCACUAAAUCUGACCACAGUUGUUUCUCUGGCGGAUGGAUGAAGUGAGGAUGAAGGCAGCUCGGUCCCGAUUGGAAUAACUCGGAUUUCCUUUUUUUUUUUUUAUUUUUUUUUUUUCACCGGAUCUGAUUCAAAGGAGGGGGAAGGAAAAAAAAAAGGAGAAGACACCCGAGAAGGUCGCGGAUUAUCUGUGAAGGAAGGGCGAGACGAUGGGCUGCAUUAAGAGCAAAGAGGACAAAGGUCCUGCAAUGAAGUAUCAGCCAGACAAUUCCCUGGUGUCAGACCCCAACACCGCCGCCACCACGCCUCACGUGGGUCACUACGGGCCGGAUCCCACCCAGCUACAGCAGAAUCAGCCUCCCUCAUCCACAUCUGCCUCCGGGGCUGCAAAUUUUAACCACACCCUCACACCAUUUGGUGGCUCCUCUUCUGCCAUAACUCCCUUUGGAGGGAUGUCGUCCUCCUUCUCCGGUCCUGUGUCCAACUCGUUCUCUGGUGCUGUCUCAAGUGGUGUUACAUUCUUUGUGGCCUUGUACGACUAUGAAGCCAGAACAUCAGAUGAUCUUACGUUUAAAAAGGGAGAUCGCUUCCAGAUCAUCAACAAUACAGAAGGAGACUGGUGGGAGGCUCGCUCCAUCAACACAGGAAAGAAAGGCUACAUCCCAAGCAAUUAUGUGGCCCCUGCUGACUCCAUCCAGGCUGAAGAGUGGUAUUUUGGUAAAAUGGGUCGCAAAGACGCUGAGAGGUUGCUGCUGAAUACAGGAAACCAUCGAGGGACUUUCUUGGUGCGGGAAAGUGAAACUACUAAAGGUGCUUAUUCUCUCUCCAUACGAGACUGGGAUGAGGCCAAAGGAGACAAUGUGAAACACUACAAGAUCCGCAAGCUUGACAACGGGGGAUACUAUAUCACUACACGAGCACAGUUUGACACGCUACAGAAGCUUGUCAAACACUAUACAGAGCAUGCUGACGGGCUGUGCCACAGGCUAACCACAGUUUGCCCCACGGUCAAACCUCAAACCCAGGGGCUCGCUAAAGAUGCCUGGGAGAUUCCCCGGGAGUCUCUGCGACUGGAGCUCAAACUAGGCCAGGGCUGCUUUGGAGAGGUCUGGAUGGGCACGUGGAAUGGCACCACUAAGGUGGCCAUAAAGACGCUGAAGCCCGGAACCAUGUCGCCAGAGGCUUUCCUCCAAGAGGCUCAGAUCAUGAAGAAGCUCAGACACGACAAACUGGUGCCUCUCUAUGCAGUGGUGUCUGAGGAACCCAUCUACAUCGUCACAGAAUACAUGGCCAAAGGAAGCUUGCUUGACUUUCUCAAAGAAGGUGAUGGAAAAUUCUUGAAGCUUGUCUUGCUGGUGGACAUGGCUGCAAAGAUCGCUGACGGCAUGGCUUUCAUCGAGAGGAUGAACUACAUCCACAGGGACCUGCGCGCUGCCAAUAUCCUCGUGGGCGACAACCUGGCGUGCAAGAUCGCCGACUUUGGUCUGGCCAGGUUGAUAGAGGACAAUGAGUACACAGCCAGACAAGGAGCCAAAUUUCCUAUUAAAUGGACGGCCCCGGAGGCUGCACUGUACGGCCGCUUCACCAUCAAGUCAGACGUCUGGUCCUUCGGUAUCUUACUCACCGAGCUCGUCACCAAAGGCAGGGUGCCCUACCCAGGUAUGGUGAACCGGGAGGUGCUGGAGCAGGUGGAGCGAGGCUACCGCAUGCCCUGCCCCCAAGGGUGCCCCGAGUCCCUGCACGAGAUGAUGAAGCUCUGCUGGAAGAAGGAUCCGGACGAGAGGCCCACUUUCGAGUACCUCCAGUCUUUCCUGGAGGACUAUUUCACCGCCACAGAGCCACAGUAUCAGCCUGGAGAGAACCUAUAGCCUGCCGGCACCCUGCGGUCCCACGAGGAGACUUGUCUAAAGACGAGAGAGGGCAGGAGCUGAAACUUCACACUUGCAUAGAGAGUCGACUGGAAAACGGGAUGAUCCUUGUUUUUUUGGUUCUGCGUUCCAGUGUCCGCCAACAUUUUGUAGUAUUUUCAUAUUGUUUUUGUUUUCACACAUGGUACUACACAAGUCUUAGCUGUGUGAAUUCCUGAUUUUUUUUUUUUUUUUUUUUUCAUGUGGAUUUAAUCAUCGUGUACAAAAUGGCAGACUGUGGAAAUGGACACAUUGGCAUAUUCAUUUCAAGCAUGUUUUACAUACACGGCUCGUGAACACAGCACUGCGUUGCUGUGAAAUAAGCUGUGACGAUGCCUCACAAAAGACACAGGUAUCAUUGUGAGUAGCAGGCCUUUUAUGUGUUUUAAUGUGGAGAGCUCUCUCUCCAUGUUUCUCCAAAUUGUAGUCUCUGUGGUAGAUUAGUAAAUUAUGCAUCAAAGUGAUUAAUUAUUGACGGAGGUAAUAUGCUAAACUAAUAGGGAGAAGCUCUCAGGGGGUUGAUGGUCAUUAUCACAGUCCAUUUGACAGUGAUUAUUUAAAAGCAAAUCCCACACAGUUUAUUUACAUAAUCAUCAUUUGCAGUGCAAUUUUUUAUUUGUUACAAAUGGGUGACUAGAGGAAGUCUCUGUGUUCCCUGCUUUUUCAAUUUUAGCAAUGUUAUGUUCCUUUUAAGAAUUUAUUAUUGCAAGAAUUUAUUCAUAUCAUGUGGACAUGGUUUUACAGCUUCAUUUGAAGUCUUUCCUCACUGUCCAUCAUCGUCCACAAAUCUCUGAUAAGACUUUUAUAACAGUUGGUUGUAUAAUCUCACUGUGAUGACUACAGAGACAUGCUUACAUAAAAAAAAAAAAAAGAAAAAAAAGAAAUGUGUGUAUAAUGUGUCACUGGGUUUGGUUUUACAGCAAAAUAACAGUUAAACAAUGAUGAAACUCGUAGACGUGUGGCCCCUUGCCAAGCUGGGAUGACACUACACAACUGCUGCCAAUCAAGCAUGCAGGAGGAUUUCACUGGCUGCAGAACUACUUUGUGAAGGCAGAGAGCAUGAAAAAAAAAAAAGAGCCUCCUAAUAAGCUGGAAACAACCAUCUUGUCCUCUGAAAUGUGACUGCUGAAGAACUCUCGGACUCUCGUGGUCUUCUCGUAUGUACAGCAGUGAUGCUUUUUUACAGCGAGUUACUCUUUGCAUUUUGUUCCUGUAUGGACUCAUCAGGACAGUACUAUAAUGGAAUAAUUGAUGACUGGGCUUGUAAAGAAGGGCUUUGUAUAUUAUAAAAUCUUCAUUUUAUAUUAUUAUUAAUGAAAUGGACAAGAUUGCAUAUUAUAUUUGGGAGGGAGGGAGUGGGUGGAGGCUCAUCCGGGGUAAUUUGUACAAUAAACACGUGAUUUUA